UCACAUCACUGCUUCUCAUUGCAGGAGCAGCUUAGCAUGUAGCAGCCGUCCAGCAGCGUGGAUUACUAAGAGAUCAUUGGUUUCUGCACUCUCUAGUUUAAUGGAACCGGCAAGGAUUUGGAGCUGAUCAUCAUCUUCUACUUUUUUUUUUUUUUUCUCUCUCUCUUUUUAAAGCUGUUUCUUGAAUCUUUCUGUAUCUUCUGGAGGGGGCGGUGAUUAUUAUAUUUUUUUUGGGGUGGUGGUGGUCGAGAAGGCUUUGGGAGACGCGAUGCUGGGCUUGGACGUGUGCGAGUUUGGGGGGCAGCUGCUGGAGUUAAUGUGGCUGACCGUGUGCUACCGAGGCAUCAUGGCAGAUAAAGAAGCAGAGAAGCCUGUCGGGGAGGAAGAGGAGACUGACCUCAACUACCAGCCUCCUGCCCAGAAGUCUCUGCAGGAGAUCCAGGAGCUGGACAAGGAGGACGAGAGUUUGAACAAGUACAAGCAGGCUCUGCUGGGGGCUGGGCCCGUCAUCGCAGAUCCCUCCGUGCCCAAUGUUCAAGUCACGAGGCUAACUCUGGUGUGUGACAAGGCUCCUGCGCCCAUCACGAUGGACCUGACAGGUGAUCUGGAAGCCCUGAAGAAGCAGAAUUUCGUGCUGAUGGAAGGGGUCGACUACAGAGUUAAAAUCCAUUUUAAGGUCAACAAGGAGAUAGUCUCUGGCUUGAAGUAUGUGCAUCAUACCUACAGGAAAGGUAUUCGAGUGGACAAGGCGGUCUACAUGGUGGGCAGCUAUGGGCCUCGCGUCGAGGAGCAUGAGUUCAUGACCCCCGUGGAGGAGGCGCCCAAAGGCAUGCUGGUCCGCGGAGGCUACCACAUCAAGUCCUACUUCACUGACGAUGACAAGACCGACCACCUCUCCUGGGAGUGGAAUCUGAACAUAAAGAAGGAGUGGACCGAUUAGAGAGGGGGGGAGGGGGGGGCUGACUGCAGGAGUUCUGAAGUAGCUCUCUUAGCUGGUGUGAAAUGCUCUCUAGACUGAGCAUAGCAAUGUCCCCCCAGUUAUACAUAUUUGCUUGUUGAUUUAAAGUGUAAUGACUCGCUUCUGUAGUGAAAAAAAAAGCUAAAUGUUCUUUAUUCCUUUAGGAGCAUUGUAAUGUAAUUCUAGCAGACCUGAGGGUAGUUUAAGUAUAGAACUCAUGUUUUCUUUCAUGGUAUUUCAGGGAUUGUUUUCACUGUGUUUUAUUAUACCAGUACAGCAUAGACUAAAAUAUUCCUCUGCAUUUAAUUGAUCCUGUGAUUCAUCAUGCAGACUCAGGCUUUGGCAACACAAGUGUGUCAAUAUCUUGGUCUAUGCUGGACUAUUUUCAGGAGCUCAGAACCUGCCUUCCCCUGGGCUCGGCUGGUUCUCAGCCCCACAGAUUCAGACCCAAUGCAGCCGCCUCACUGCAGUUGGCAGUAAAGGUCCUGCUGUCCCUCCCAGUCCCUCCCAGUCCCUCCCAGUCCCUCCCAGUCCCCCUCAGUCUUGGUGGGUGACUCACUUACAAUGAGGGCUGUCCUUUUGGUUACUUCCAUGCAUUUUUAUAUGAGCUUCCAAGUGUGAUGUGAACAAAGGUAAAGACAGAGGACCUGUAGUCAUGGAGAAUGCACUGUCUCAGUGAAGCUCGACCCAGAAACAAUGCCUCAUGUCUUACAGGGAGUUAUAUUAUAGAAUAUAAAAAAUAACAAUAAUAUUGUAACAGUAAAAAAAGGUACUGUGAGCGUGCGUCUAGAUGUAGGUACAUCCAUCACCCGAGAAUAUCAGUGAUCAGUUUUAUCUAAUGCUUCAUGACUUGCUGCAUGUUUUAAUAAAAACUUGUUUUCUUUUUUUUUUUUUUUUUUUUUAGUUUGUUGCAUUUGGCCAAAUUGUUGUAAAUCAGUGAAAAGAAAAAAGAUUGUGCAGAGAGUUAAAAUUGUGCUUAUCGACUUGCUACAUGAAUGGAUUGUGGUGUUUUUAUACAAAUAAAAUCAGUCCAUGUUCUCUUGCUUCAGCGAAGUCCAUGUGUUUUAGAAUCUGUCUGUGUCUGUCUUCUUGUAACUUUGAAUAAAGUAAAGAGACUGAA